AAGCCGGAAGCUCUUGUGUGCCGUCCGACGCCACCACUUCCGGCUGCUCUUUUUCCUUUCUUCUUCCGGUCUUCGCGCACGUGUGGUUGACGGGCCGCGGCGUUCGGUCUUUGCGGUCGUGGCGGUGGCUGGGACCAGGGCGGGAUGGCGGCGAAUACCGGGAACUUGCCAAUGCGGUUGUUGCGCAAGAAACUCAACAAGCGCAACCUCAAGAUUCGUCAGCGCAAUUUGGCCCGGCAAGGAGCAACUGACCCACUGGCCGCCGGGCCCUCGGGGACAACAGUUGAGGACAUCUCAGAAGACAUUUCUAGUAUCUCAGAAGCAGCAGGGGAAGGACCUAAAACAAAGGAUGUAGAGCAGCCUAAAGUAAUACCAAAUGAUGGCAAAGCUGAAAGCACACAACUUGAAUUGAAGAAGAAAAAGAAGAAGAAAAGAAAAAUUGUAAAUGAUACAGAAAAUGAAACAAAAAAAGCAAAAAUUGAGGAAGAGCAUGCUGAAGUAGAAGAGGUUUUAAAUGGGGAGCUCAAAGAAGAAAACAGUGAAAGUCCAGAUGAGAAAGAAGAUGCUGAUGGACCUGCCUUGCCUCUAGGACUAACAGGUGCUUUUGAGGACACUUCAUUUGCUUCUCUUAAUGGCCUUGUCAGUGAGAACACAUUGAAAGGAAUAGCUGACAUGGGUUUUACACACAUGACAGAAAUUCAACAUAGAAGUAUUAAACCACUCUUGGAAGGCAGAGAUAUUUUAGCAGCUGCAAAAACUGGCAGUGGCAAAACUCUGGCAUUUCUUAUUCCAGCAAUAGAACUCAUCUAUAAGUUAAAAUUCAUGCCCAGGAAUGGAACGGGUGUCCUCAUCCUUUCACCUACACGGGAGCUGGCCAUGCAGACCUAUGGUGUUCUCAAAGAACUGAUGACCCAUCACGUUCACACGUAUGGCUUGAUAAUGGGAGGCAGUAAUAGAUCUGCUGAGGCACAAAAACUUGCAAACGGCAUCAACAUAAUUGUGGCAACUCCAGGCAGGCUUCUAGACCACAUGCAGAAUACUCCAGGGUUUAUGUAUAAGAACCUGCAAUGCCUUGUGAUUGAUGAGGCUGAUAGAAUUUUAGAAGUUGGGUUUGAGGAAGAAAUGAAACAAAUCAUAAAGCUGCUACCAAAGCGUAGGCAAACCAUGCUGUUCUCUGCUACACAAACCCGUAAGGUUGAAGACCUGGCCAAGAUUUCUCUGAAAAAGGAGCCAUUGUAUGUUGGGGUUGAUGACAAUAAAGAGACAGCCACUGUAGAUGGUCUUGAACAGGGUUAUGUAGUGUGUCCUUCAGAAAAGAGGUUUCUCCUGCUUUUCACUUUCCUCAAGAAGAAUCGGAAGAAGAAGCUGAUGGUGUUUUUCUCUUCAUGUAUGUCUGUGAAGUACCAUUAUGAACUACUUAACUAUAUUGAUCUCCCAGUCUUGGCCAUUCAUGGCAAGCAGAAACAAACUAAACGCACAACCACAUUUUUCCAGUUCUGUAAUGCAGAUUCUGGUAUACUCUUGUGCACAGAUGUAGCUGCCCGAGGACUGGACAUUCCUGAGGUUGACUGGAUAGUUCAGUAUGAUCCACCAGAUGAUCCAAAGGAAUACAUUCAUCGUGUCGGUAGAACUGCCCGAGGUAUAAAUGGAAGAGGACAUGCUCUGCUUAUUUUACGGCCUGAAGAGCUGGGCUUCUUGCGUUACCUAAAGCAAGCCAGGGUACCAUUAAAUGAAUUUGAAUUUUCUUGGUCCAAAAUUUCUGACAUCCAGUCUCAGCUGGAAAAAUUGAUUGAGAAAAACUACUUUCUUCACAAAUCAGCCCAAGAAGCAUAUAAAGCAUAUAUAAGAGCUUAUGACUCCCAUUCUCUGAAGCAAAUCUACAACGUCAACAGCUUGGAUCUGCUCAAGGUUGCCUUGUCUUUUGGCUUCAAAGUCCCACCAUUUGUUGACCUCAAUGUAAACAGCAGCCACGGGAAGAGAUUGCAAAAAAGAGGUGGCGGUGGAGGGUUUGGCUAUCAGAAAUCAAAGAAUGUUCAGAAAUCCAAAAUAUUCAAGCACAUUAAUAAGAAGAAAUCGGAUAGGAGACAGUUUUCCCGCUGAAGUGCUUAAUUGGUGUUCAUUGAAAUGGCUUUUGAAAGUGAAACUUAAUUACACUGUUCUGCACAGCCAAGUGCAUGAAGUAUAGAAUUCUCUUUGACUCUUUAAAGCACACACUCUUGGGGCGUGAUCUAGUCUUCUGUAGCCACAGUACCUGCUUCUGUCAUUAUUAAUACUCCUGAAAUAAUGCUGUCUUGAUGCUUUAGGAAUCUUCAGGAGCAGACACUGUGGCCACAGUGGACUGGAUCAGGAAGCUGUACCAACAUAUUUUUUAAAGUAUGUUCAAUUUUCUUCCAAUAACUCUCAAGUGAUUUGGCAUCUAUGGAGAAUUUAAAUAUAGUAGUCUGUAUAUAAAUUUUGGAAGAGAUGAUUGAUACAUUUUUUUUCUACUCAAAGCUUUUAUACUGAAAGAACCUUUCUUAUGUUUUCUUACAAAGUCAAGGUAGGCUUUCUGCUUGCUAUGCAGUGGGGCUGUUCAGAAGCUCUUCAGAGGUUUGACAAGUCACUUGGGACCAUAUUUUGAAAAUCUAGAUGGUUAUCUCUCUCCCCCCCCCCCCCCCGGCUUGUCUUUUCAAGUGGCAGUUUUUUCCUCCAAAGCUUCAAAACUUUCUUUUUAGCUUUUGGAAGUAUAAAGGAUAUUUGAAGAAGAGAGAACCUUUAUGCAAGAUACCUUGAGCUGAAAGCUUUCAAAAGGUUUAGAGGUAUUGUACUCUGUAUGAACUGAAUUAAAUUGUUAGAAUUCAAAAGAUCAAAUAAAAUGAUAUAUUAUGUCACACAAGUAAACACCUUUAGAGCUCUGGGCACACAACACACUUAUCAGGAUGUUGGUUCUGCCACCAAAACAGAUAUUUUCCUUUGUCCCUGUUAGAUAAGCUUCAGGCAGCUGCAGUCAUGUUCCAUUCACACAUCCAGCUUGUGCACGUUACCUGCGUAACCCUUGACACUGCAGCUGCAGAACCAUGUCAGAAGCUGCAAGGCACUUGUGAAUCCAAGUGCCUGAGCUGGUAGUAACAGUCAAAGCCAGGUUUCCUGCUAAUGAGUUGCUUGUAUGCUGCCAAUUGUAUGGGAAAAGGCAAGUAGAAGUUGGCCUAACUACAAACUCAUAUCCGUUUUGAAGGCUGACACUUUUUCUGUACUGAUAGGGGAAAAGAUGCAUCUUUGAGUGUGUGUAAUCACCAAGCUCCAUUAUGAACAAGAUAUUAAUUCUUGUGACUUGCAUAUUUUAGAAAUGUACAGAGACUUCUAAAUGUUGUUGAAAACUUGAACUAUUUAUAUUUUUGCUUUCUGAAUAGGUCAAGUAGACAGAAUGUAAUUUCAGUUAAAGACACUCUUUUCUCAGAAAUGUGUCCUUAAUUCAGAGGGUUGAAGAAACCACCAGAAGGCUCAGUUAUUGUGAAGAUAACAAGAAGCAAUGUGAAAUAGUAGGAUUCAAGAGCUUCAGAAACCAGAGAGAGUGGUAAAAUAUACAAGUUGGGAGCCAAAGAGUUGCUUGAACUCUCACCAGAUGUUUGUGCUAAAUUAGUAAACUUUUUCCUUUCAACACUUCA